GGAGAAGAAGAGGAGUUUAAGGAGGAUACACAUCUUAGUCAUCUCGAGCGCAUAGAACGCAAAAAUCGAAAAAAUAGAUCGAAAGAGAGUCGAGGUCGGCUGCCCGUCUCGGCCCGAAAAAGGCCGGCACGGCAGAACGAUUGA